AUGCCCGACCAAGACUCCCCGCCAUCGCCCCCACUGUUUAUCCGCCCUUCAUAUCUUCGCAAUUCGCGUCAUGUCGAGAGACUCGAAACACAACACACCGUCGAACUUGCCGAAUUCGAUCAACUGCGACGACAUCCUCAGUCCGCUUCCUCCUCCCAGGACCUCUCUGCAAACAUCGGCAGUGCUACCAUACACAGAUCAAGAAAGGACCUCAUUCAGGACUAUAUCGCUCGUAAUCCGCUUCGGACCAACGCCCCGAAGAAGCUGCCCACCUGUUGGAGUGACAUAGACAAAUGGCCUGGGCUCGAGCUGUUAGCAGGCGCUACCGAGGUCAAAUUCACUGGUUCUACAAAGACCAGCGACGAGGCUGCUGCCAUACGCAGUGACCACCCCAUGCCGAAAGAGGUUGGCAUAUACUAUUUCGAAGUCACCGUCCUAUCCCGAGGGAAAGAAGGGCUGAUCGGUAUCGGCUUUUCUGGCCCAAAGGCCAGCCUCAAUCGCUUACCAGGAUGGGAGCCUGAAUCAUGGGCCUACCACGGUGACGACGGCUUCAGUUUCUCUUGCACUGCCAGCGGAAAACCAUACGGUCCCAAGUUUGCCGCCUGGGAUGUUGUAGGCUGUGGUGUCAACUUCGAGACAGGGAGUGCCUUCUUCACAAAGAAUGGUGUUUUUCUAGGCGAAGCGUUUCAUAACGUGCGAGGUGACAAGCUGUACCCGUCAGUGGGCAUGAAGAAGAACAACGAACAUCUUCGAGUAAAUUUUGGCAGUGCUCCGUUCGUUUUCGAUAUCGACUCUAUGAUGGAGGCAAUCCAGAAACAAAGGAAUAGGGUAAAGGCAGACAUCAACAAGACUUCGGCGGACACAUUGGAGAGUGCUCGUGACGAAACAAUGUUGGUACAGGAGCUUGUCGCGCAAUAUCUCGCUCAUGAUGGCUACGUUGAAACCGCUCGGGCCUUCAAUAGGGAAGUCAGGGACGAGCGGAAGCCUCUACACAUGGACUCCGACGGCGUAGAGUUAUUCGACCCUUCUCAGGAUCUCCACGCCACCAAGCGACAGAGCAUACGUUCGGCCAUCCUCGAAGGAGAAAUCGACAAGGCAUUAAACUUCAUAAACACCUACUACCCACAUGUUCUGGAACGGGAAGAGAACAGGGAUGUCUACUUCAAGCUUCGCUGUCGCAAGUUUAUCGAGAUGAUUUGUCGGGUAAACGACCUCUCGACCCAGGAUCCGCCACCACUUGCACCAAAAGCAGCUGGCAAGCUACCUCAUCCUUCUAACGGUACGACGUUUGACCAUCAGAUGGAGCUCGAUGAUCAAUUACACCGGGAAUCGCGUGCGCCAAUCAUCCCACCAAUGCCUGUCCCGUCACCGUUUAAUCCUGGGCUACGCUUUGGUGAUGGCGCAAACGGUGCUGAUGGAAAACAUGACACAAUGGACACCGCGCCUGAUGGUGUGCAACUGGUGUCGUCGGCUACGGAUAGUGAACAGUUGCUUGUGGACGCACUCGAGUUUGGUCAAGAAUUGAAGGCCGAGUUCAGCGACGACCCCCGUCCUGCUGUCAGAAAGGCGCUAGACGACACCUUUGCACUGAUUGCCUACCAAGAUGCCCGAGAGUCUAUCGUAGGUGGGCUCAUGGAAGGCAAAGGCCGAGUGGAGAUUGCUGAAGAGGUCAACAGCGCGAUACUGGUGUCACUCGGCAAACCAUCUUCCGCUGCCCUCGAAAAGGUUGUUGCUCAAGCAGAAGUUCUGGUAGACAUGCUGAGUUCGGACGGUGGAGCUGGCACAUUUGUCAACGUAAGAAGGGAUUGCCUACAAUAA